AUGGGAGCCUGUUGUACGAAGGAUGACAGGUUUGAAGGGUUCAUGGUAGGCGAUGCAUUUGAAGAGAAUUGUGGUAGUGAUGGAGAGGAGGGAGAUGUAUGCGACGGGGAGGGUGGGGCUAUAGUGAGAUUGCGAGGAUCUUCUAGGUUUACGUCAAUGUUUACCCAACAAGGAUCAAAAGGGAUCAAUCAAGAUGCCAUGACUGUUUGGGAGAAUUUUGCAGGUGAGAAAAAUACAUUCUUUUGUGGUGUGUUUGAUGGACACGGUCCCUUGGGUCAUAAAGUGGCACGGCAUGUUCGUGAUAAUUUACCUUUGAAACUCUUUUCAGCAUAUAGAGUAUCACAAAGUAAUGGGUGCAAUGCUGAUUGUGAAGAUAGAAGUGAUGAGCAUUGUCAAAAUGAUAAUGAAAAUGACAAUAUUGUUAUAUUUGAUAAAAUUGACAAUGAUGACAGUGAAAAUGAGAAUAAAGAUAAGAGUUCUAAUCCACUACAUUCUUCAUGGAAGGCCAAUUUUAUUAAAUCUUUCAAGAAGAUGGAUGAAGAACUUAGUGUCAAUUCAGGUAUUGAUAGCUAUUGUAGUGGUUCAACAGCAGUAUCAGUUCUUAAGCAGGGUUACAAUCUAAUAAUUGGCAACUUAGGGGAUUCUCGUGCAGUCCUAUUUACGAGAGACAGCACAGACGAACUCAUUCCUGUACAACUCACAGUUGACUUGAAACCAAAUAUUCCAAAUGAAGCUGAAAGAAUUAAGAAAUGCAAGGGUAGAGUUUUUGCACUAAAUGGGGAACCUGAUGUGGCUAGAGUAUGGAUGCCUGAUGAGAACUGUCCUGGUCUUGCUAUGGCAAGGGCUUUUGGAGAUUUCUGCUUGAAAGAUUAUGGAGUUAUCUCAACUCCUAAAGUUACAUGCAGAAAGCUUACCAAGAAGGAUGAAUUUUUAGUCUUAGCAACAGAUGGGGUAUGGGAUGUGUUGACGAACAAUGAAGUGAUGAGAAUAGUUGCCUCGGUAAAGAAGCGGUCAGUGGCAGCAAGGGUUUUGGUGGACACCGCUGUUGAAGCCUGGAGAAGAAAAUACCCAAAUGCCAAGGUGGAUGACUGCGCUGUCAUCUGCUUGUUCUUUAAACGCCCACCCCCUCCGUUACCGAAAUCCGUGCCGCCGGAGGAUGCUACAAGCAGCGUAAACCCGCCGGGACUUGCUGCUUCUCGCUCCGGAAAAACGGCCGGACGCGGCAUCGAGAAAGUCGCUGGAGGCCAGGGGAAGAAAUGGACUGCUCUCGAUGGAGCUAGCAGAGCUAAUUCAAUAGUAAACCUUCCUCGCUAUGGCAGUGCUUCCACUGUUGCCCGCAGGAAACUGGCUAAGGAAUUUGAGGACGUUGAAAUUCAUUGUUAA